AUGAAAUACGAGACUCUUAAACAGGAUAUUAUUCAGCGCAUCAUGCCUUCUGACAAGUUCCGUCUGCAGCAACUAUUUAGUGAUCUGCAGCUAAGAGAUCGGAUGCCCUCAGCCUUGUUGCGCGAAAUGCAACAGCUCAUCGGCAUGUCCAACAUAGACGUAAGGAUUCUCCGCGAGCUGUGGAUGCAAAGCCCUCCUAAACGCAUACAGGCUAUCCUUGCAGUGGCAAGUGACUUGCCCAUCACAGCACUUGCAGAUCUAGCAGACCGCGUUUUCGAACGGCCCCAGCCAAAGACUGAAACCAAAGCGCCUAAGCAGCUUUGUUCUGGCGCAACCACAACGACAGGCGCGACUAGCCCGCCGUCGGCACUAGACGCAUUAUCACUGCAGCUAGCGUCGCUUCAGCGCCAGAUCGAGGAACUCACCUUAAACCGUAAGCACCGCAACCGCUCCGGAUCAUCUCUCUUUCGCACAAAACCUGAUUUCAAAGGUUACUGCUUUUACCACUCUCGUUUCGGUACUAAAGCCCGCAAGUGCGUACAGCCGUGUAGCUACUCCGCUAUACAUGAUCCGCCACGCCGUGCUGUAAUGGACAGGAGCGUUGGCAAAGCCCAAAGUCGUCUCUUCUACAUUCGGGUUUAUGACUCCCAUACCCAGUUCUUAGUUGUUACCGGGGCGGAAGUCAGGGUCAUUCCCCAUAUGCCAAGUGAGCGUACCGCUUCUCUGUGGACAAGCCUCAGUGCCGCAAAUGGCAUGCCAAUACCCACCUACGGUCAUCGGUCGCUUACCCUUGACCUAGGUCUUCGGCGCACUUUCCGCUGGGCAUUCACUGUCACUGCAGGCCCCUUUGCCAUCAUCGAUAUUGACUUUCUCAGGCAUUCCGACCUCUUGGUCGAUGCGAAACGCCAGAUGAUCGUCGACGCUGCAACAAAACUCAGUGUACGUGGCCUCACCGCCGAUGUCCCAACUAUCUCCCCGGUCUACGCAUCUCCUCAGACCUCGCCAGACUACGCUAAGCUCUUUUCCUAG